AUGAGAUUUUUUUUUAAUUUAAAACAGUUUAUUGUGAGAGAUAUGAGAAGAAGUACAAAAUACAUAUUUAUCAUUGGAAUGCUUAUUAUAAAGCUUUCUUUUGUAUAUACAGCGAAUGAACAAAAAGAAGAAGCCGACUCAAGCAAUCAGGAAAAUGAUAGUAAGAAUAAGCUAGAAGAGAUUAAUGAAAUUAUAAAAAGAGAAAAAGUAGGAAUUUAUUUCUUAAAACAAUUAAAUGAUGAAGUUCAGAACCAUAUGAACUUCUAUCUAAAUAAAAAUAAAUUUAUAAAUCACACCACAAAAAAGUCCACUAGCUUAGAAUCAGCUAAUCCAAGCACAGAAAACACUGAAACCAACAAUGCUCAACCAUCUAUUAUAUAUCAGAGCAUAUACAAAGCAAUUGAGAAGGGAGAUAUAACCAAAAACAUAUCUGAUAAGAAAACAACUACAAAUUAUAAAAUAGUAGACAUUCCCGUGUUUACACCGCAUAUUGAAACUUACUAUAAAGAAGUCGUAGAUGUGUUGAGACGCAUAAUACUUAUGUCUGCAUCCACGUCGGUUGUUACAAACCGCCCCAUGAUGUACGAUUCUUUCUCAUUGAGCCCAGAAAGCAUGGCUAAGUAUUUUUUAAGUCUUAUAAGCACUCCCUACGUAUUCUCACAGUUUGACUUCAAUGACUUACUAAAGCAUGAUUCACCUAAUAAAUACUUAGAAAUGAUAAAAGAUGCUAAAAAUGAUGAUGAGUUAAAUAGUCUUAUGAGUGUCAUUGAUAAUGCCAGCCAUGAAGCAUGUAGGUUCUUUGCUUACAUGUCUAGCAAGAUAUAUGAAUUUAUGAAACCUGAGAAACAAUUUACGGCAUAUAUAAAGAAAAGGUUAAAUAUAACUUCUCCCGGGAUUGAACCACGCAGUGAUAGUCAAGCUGAAAAGGCUACUAAAUUUUUAAUAAGUGAACAGUGUUUCUAUGCAUGGAGAGCUAAAGCUUAUGCUUUUACUUACCACAUACACGAAUUGUUUGUGGCAAUGGGUCUUAUAUUAUACAAGAGUGACUGGGAUUUGUCUAAAAUCCAUCCGGAAAUGGAUGGUUCUAACAAAGAUGAAGUACAAGAUUUUUUAGUAGGAGUAUAUAAAAUGUUUAAUCUUCUAAAAAAGAAAGUUGUAAGUAAAGAACUCUUCCAAGAUCCCGAACAAAUCAUAAAAAUUCGUGAUGAGAUGUUAACUAUAGGGCUUGCUAUACUAGAAUUAAUGAAGGAAUUUUCAUUAACUCUACAUACAAAUGCAAUAUCUAUAGGAAUUACAAAAAUAGAUCUGAAUAAUCCUGGAUACCUGAAUAAUCUUAAAGAAAGCGUAAUAAAGCUAUGGAAUGUAGCCACUGUCAUCAAGAAUCAUAUAAAUAUUCCUACUGAAUACCAAAGUCUAUCCAUUGAUGAGUAUACCGAAAGACUUGAAAAGGACUUAAUAACACUCGACAAUGAAACAAGUUAAAGAAGAAGGCAUUACACUCUGUCAAUUACGGAGUAAUCAAUAAAAAGGAGU